ACAUGAAAGUAUUCAUUGCUAUCCUGGCUUUGGCUGUGGCCUCGGCCUCUGGCGCCGCCAUGCCCCGUUCUGCCACCCAGAAAAUGACCCCGGUCCACACCAAGGACAUGCAGGGUCGCAUCACCAACGGCUACCCGGCGGAGGAGGGCAAGGCUCCCUACACCGUGGGUCUGGGCUUCAGUGGCGGCUGGUGGUGCGGUGGUUCCAUCAUCGCCAACGAUUGGGUCCUCACCGCCGAGCACUGCAUCGGAGAUGCUGAUUCCGUGACUGUCUACUUCGGUGCCACCUGGCGCACCAACGCCCAGUUCACCCACUGGGUUGGCAACGGCAACUUUAUCAAGCACGGAUCCGCCGAUAUCGCCCUCAUCCGCAUCCCCCACGUGGACUUCUGGCACAUGGUGAACAAGGUGGAGCUGCCCAGCUACAACGACCGCUACAACGACUACAACGAGUGGUGGGCUGUGGCCUGCGGCUGGGGAGGCACCUACGACGGCAGCCCCCUGCCCGACUACAUGCAGUGCGUCGAUCUCCAGAUCAUCCACAACUCCGAGUGCUCCGGAUACUACGGAACCAGCACCGUCGGCGACAACAUCAUCUGCGUGAGGACUCCCGACGGCAAGUCUACCUGCGGUGGCGACUCCGGUGGUCCCCUGGUCACCCAUGACGGCACCAAGCUUGUGGGAGUCACCAACUUCGGUUCCUCCGCCGGCUGCCAGUCGGGUGCUCCUGCUGGCUUCCAGCGUGUGACCUACCACCUGGACUGGAUCCGCGACCACACCGGCAUUGCUUACUACUAAACGACUAUAUCCGAUUAAAUAAAACUUCCUG